CCGGCGUCCAAUGGGGUAAUAGGUCAUUCACGGAGAGGGGGAACCCAACGUAUAAAAGCUCUCCUCCGACCUAAAGAAUCACAGACUUUCGGAAUACCAAUCGGCUGAACUACUCUGAACUACCGCGAACUAAUCUCUCAGCAUCAUGACUCUGGAAGAGGUUCUUAUUCAGGAUAACAACAUGGCAAGAGCUCCGUGCGCUGGAAAGAUCUUGGAAGACGUUUUGGUCUCGGCUAAAACGAAUGAGUGCCUCACCAUUGGAGUGUACGAAUCAGCAAAAGUUAUGAAUGUAGACCCUGACAGCGUGGCUUUCUGCGUGCUGGCGACCGACGAGGAGUUUGAGUGCGACAUCGCCCUGCAGAUCCACUUCACCCUGAUCCAGGCGUUCUGCUUCGACAACGACAUCAGCAUCGUCAGAGUGAGCGACAUGCAGCGACUCUCUAACAUUGUGGGCGACAAGUCCGUGGAACUCGAGGAUGCCCACUGCGUUCUUAUCACGCAGAAUCCUGCGGAAGGUUCGUGGCAGGACCCUGCUCUGGAGAAACUGCACCUGUUCUGUGAGGAAAGUCGCAGUCUGAACGAGUGGGUGCCGGAGAUCACUCUCCCCGAGCGCUGAACCAUGACUCUACAGCUCUCGACUGAGAUUCUGUACGCCUGAAGGAGUAUACGUCCUACGAAACAAGGACGGAAGAAACUCCAGACAUCCCUGGAUGUUCCUGAUCGAGGAUCUCGUCCCAGGAAGCGCGGUGGCAGCAGCGAGGAUUCCCCUGCAGUCACCCGGUGGUCGGCUUGUGCCAGGAUGACCCAUCCUUUGUGCGGAUGCGGUUUGGUGCGCCACAAGAGCGAAGGCACGAACUUUUCUCUGGAGUUCCGAGAGGAAAUGUUGCGCUGGAGAAUGACGUUUUAGGAGGCAUGUACGCCUUGAAGACAGAGGGGCUUUCAUUUGUUUAUUUUUGUCAACGAAACCUUUCUUUUUAGAAGUCAAACACCUGUUGAUUCACUGUUUUGGAUCAAAUCUGCUUCCAGUAGUUUCAAUUUAACGAUGCUUCAUGAAAACA